GUCCGCGCAGACGUCACUCAUCCGUCCUGCGUGACUCAUGUGUGUGCUCCCUUGGAGGAAACAGGAAUGGAAGGAAUCAGCAGUGAUAACGGAGAGGAAGUACAGAAUACUCUGCAUUAAGUUUGCUGGUGGGAGCAUGGCAGCAGCAUUCCUAAAUGGGAAGGAUGCAAACUCUCUCCUCAAGCGUUUUCCACGUGCUAAUGGGUUCCUGGAGGAGUUUCGACAGGGUAACAUCGAGAGGGAGUGUGUGGAGGAGAGCUGCAGCUUCGAGGAGGCCAACGAGGUGUUUGAGAACAAGGAAAAAACAAUGGAGUUCUGGAAGACCCGCAGCUUGUACACCGUGAACAACAACGCAGAGACGCGUUCAGGACGCGCUGACACCGUGUACAUGGUGGUCCCGCUGCUGGGCGUAGCCCUUCUCAUCAUCAUUGCGCUCUUCCUGAUCUGGCGCUGCCAGCUGCAGAAGGCCACGCGCCGGCGCCCGGCGUACACGCAGAACCGUUACCUGGCAAAUCGCAACACCCGCAGCCUUCCCCGAAUCCUCGUGCACCGUGACACCCCUUCACAUUCAGACAACACGCACUCCAACGAGAGGCCCAGCAUGGUGCUCAGCGGAGGGGAAAGAGAAAGAGGUGGCGUAAGCUCAGGGACCCUGGACUGCUCAUUGCAACCUCCGAACGGCCGCGGACUCUACGUGCAGGACUCGUCUAUGUCCGUCGCGUCUCGUCUAUCGGGGGCCACACCUCCACCGUCUUACGAAGAAGUGACAGGCCACUUGGAGAGCAGCAGCGAUGAGAACACCACCCCGUACAGCGACCCGCCUCCCAAGUAUGAGGAGAUUGUUAAAGAAAAGUGAAGGUACAACUUUGUUGGUCUCAAUCAGACCUAAGUGUGUUUAGGAUCCCGAAUUGCCACCUACGUGUGUGCACGAGGAGAGCUACCAAAUGGUCAUCCUUAAAAUGUUUUUAUUUCCUGGAGUCAAAUCAUCUGAACUUGUUUUUUUGUGGAUGAGACGCCUGCGUUUUUUUUUUGUUUUUUUUUUGCACUCUUCCGGAACCACGACCAGCUGCUCACCACACAGCUACACCUCGCACCAUCGUCAGUGUCUUUCAUCGUAUUCAGUGCUUUUUAUGAAUCGAGGCUCCACCGUGGUCGAACGAAGUGCGGAAAAGGAGACGAGGUGUUUUUUUUUUUUCCGUCUUGUUUACUUUGUACAAAAACGAGGUGGAGCUGCACAAAACCUACGAGCAUUUUCGUUAUUACAAAAAGACAACCUUGUGAUUUUUUUUUUUUUUUUUUUUUUUAAACACAAAACGGAGAAUCUACUGUUGAAUCUAAUGUAAACAAAUGUGUGUGCCAUAUUCCACAUGUAUGUUGCUACUAUUACUAGCGAUUAGCUAGGAAGUGUCACAGACGCCGACAUUCUUAUAAACCCGCUCAAAGGACAUAUGUAAAAUUACUACAAUACUGCACCAGAGGGGAUUUUUAAAAUAAUAUGCAAAUAACAACUCACACACACAACAAUGUUAGAAAUGAUUUCCUAGUUUGUAAACUCUCCUAAUCUGCGUACCAAAAUCAACGCGCGCCUUAAACACUUGGGUUUAAACAUCAAUCAGUCAGUCUGUUCUGUGUUUAACAAAGCUGUCAGUGAUUUCACCAACAUAAUGAGGGUUUACUCUCAAUACUGUGCUCACACACACACACGCACACACAGUUUCACACACACAGACACUGUCCACUGUCCAAUGCGUGGUGGCGGCUCGUCUAUAGAGACAGAUCGGGCAGAGCGACAACGGACCGAAGUACUAAUUUAUUUAUUAAUUAAUUUUUUUGAGUGACUAGCGAUUUUGAAAAAAAAAAACAAAAACGCUCCAUUGCUUUUCUAGUUUUCUUGAUGCUCCUUGUAACUCCAUAGCGUUAUCACCCCUAGUGGUCAAACAGAGGAACUGCAACAUUCGCUGUUAGAAGCCUAUUGGGACAGGAAUGACACUGCCCCACUGCCCCAUGCUCAAUGAGGCGGAGCAGUAGACGGCACAGUUAAUUACGUGGUUGCCAAUACCAUGUUUUCUACCCCAGAUUGGGGUCAAAAAAAUAAAAUAGUAAAUAAAUAAUUAAAAGUAUUCAAUAAUUAGAAUAAAAUCGAAUAGGUUUCUACCAAAAAGGGCACAGUGUCAGGGUAGGAAGGGUGGAUGUGAUGUACAGAGCCAUUUCUGUUGGGGUGGAAUAGGGGGAUUAUGGUGUGGAUACAUCAGAGACCCGGUGCGUGUUUUUUCACCACAGUGAUGGGGUUGAGAACACGAACAAAAAAUGUGUCUCCCUUUUUUCUGUGUCCAGUUUUUUCGGGCUGGUUUCAGACCUUUUGAAUGGAUUAUGAGAAUAAUAAUUAAA